AUGUUAGUACUUUCAUCAUCAUCAUCAUCAUCAUCAUCAUCAUCAUCAUCAUCAUCAUCAUCAUCAUCAUCAUCAUCAUCAUCAUCAUCAUCAUCAUCAUCAUCAUCAUCAUCAUCAUCAUCAUCAUCAUCAUCAUCAUCAUCAUCAUCAUCAUCAUCAUCAUCAUCAUCAUCAUCAUCAUCAUCAUCAUCAUCAUCAUCAUCAUCAUCAUCAUCAUCAUCAUCAUCAUCAUCAUCAUCAUCAUCAUCAUCAUCAUCAUCAUCAUCAUCAUCAUCAUCAUCAUCAUCAUCAUCAUCAUCAUCAUCAUCAUCAUCAUCAUCAUCAUCAUCAUCAUCUUGCUAA